AUGGUUCUGAUUCAGAAUCGGGAACUGCUGCUGACCAAGAGCCGCAUCAAUCAAAAUCAAAAGUCUAUAGUUUCUGUGACACUGACAGUUUUGGUUGGUUGGUUUUCCGUUAAAUGCCUUAAUUAUGUACCAGAAAUUAUAAAAAACGUGACCUGUCAUCUAAAUCAAAUAUCUAAAACCACAAGUGCUUUAUACAUAGAGUUCUCCUUGGAUCAAGAUGUUAGGGAUGUUGAAGGAAUAUACGUUUUGACGAUGAAAAGAGGAUCAUACUUGACAAACUUUACUACGCUGAAAUUAGACUAUUGCCAGAUGUUGUCAAGUGUGGAAUCACAGUUUUUACUAAAUAUGGUUACCACUCAAAUCCGACGAAUUGGCAAUUUACCCCUGGAAUGCCCUUUUAAAAUGAAUAAGCGAUAUUAUGUAAAUGGAUUAACAAUCAAUUCAAAAUUUAUAACCAGCUAUUUACCAGAAGUGAACUUUAUUUCGGACACCCAUAUAAAUCUUAGGGAUCGCAAAGCAUGUCGCAUAAUAAUACGAGGCAGAUUCAAUCGGAUAUUAAACCUUAUAAAG